AUGGCAAAAUGGGACAGAUUGUUGCUCAUGGAUGGGUGUCAUGUGUACGUGAUUGGCCUUGAUAUCAGUUGCAGAAGACUUGUAGGUAAUAUUGAUCCUAACAGCACUCUUUUCAAGCUUACUCAUCUCCACACACUCAACCUUGCUUACAAUCAUUUCUAUGGUUCUCAAUUGUCAUCUCAGUUUGGUCAACUUGAACAUUUCCACAGUGCCUUGCCAAUAGUUCAACCCUUGAGCAUUUGGAUCUAUGGCAAUUUUCCAGAUACUUUAAAUCGUCUUCAGCUGGGGACACUGAUUCUCAAUUGCAACCAGUUCAAAGAUUUGUCAGGAAACAAAUUUGAAGGAGAGAUUCCAGAUGUUAUUGGAGAGCUUCAAGGACUCAGAUCACAUAACAGACUUGUUGGUCAUAUUCCCCACUCUUUGGGAAAUUUGACAAAACUGGAAUCAUUGGAUCUCUCCUCAAAUAUUCCUACUGAAUUGACAAAUCUGAACUUUCUUCAAGUCUUGAAUCUUUCCCAAAAUGAAACAUUUUCAAACGAUUCCUAUGAGGGUAACAUGGGGCUAUGUGGAUGGACAUUGUCAAUGUCCCUUUGCAACAAGAUCCACCUUCGUCUGAGGCUGAAGAUAAAUUUGGGUUUGGUUGGAAACCAGUGGCAAUAG